CUGGCUACUGAAUAAACUGGAGUCCACCACCAGCAGUGUGAGUGUGAGUGUGUGUGUGUAUGUGUGUGUGCCAUACGAUCAAAAAAAAUUACGUGGAAAACUGUUCAUUUCUCAAGUUAAAAUGCAUCCAGUGAGAGUGUCGAUCCCUUCGUUUCGUUCCGAAAACAACUCAAUCGAGAAAGGAUACACGGUCUUCAGAAUUGACGUGCUGAUGAACGGCAGACAACAUGCUGUCGAGAAACGCUACAGUGAAUUCCACACGUUGCAUAAAAUGCUAAAGAAGAGCAUAAAGCCGCCUGAGAUGCCCUCCAAACAUGUCAGAAACUGGGUUCCUAAAGUCCUGGAACAGCGGAGGCUCGGUCUGGAGCUCUACCUGCAGUCCAUAAUUAUGGAAAAUGGAGUCCUUCCAAAGGUAUUCCUGGAUUUCCUGAAUAUCCGACAUUUUCCUUCAGUGCCAAAAACAGAAAGCUGUGGGUCGUUUGAUACAGAAUCAGAGGAAUCAAGUAAACUUUCACAUCAGCCAGUCCUGCUGUUUCUGAGAGACCCCUACCUGCUGCCGUCUGCUCACGAUGCAUUUUCGAAUGUGGUGAUUGAAGGUGUGGUGCAUGGAGUUUUCUACCCAGAUCUUCAACCCAGGUAGAGCCGCAGAGCUGAUCUGAGAACAGCAGGAGCUCAUCAGGAGGGACGUUACAUGUUAACAUAAACUGAGUCGCAUUUUCAAAACAUAAACAAAAAAUCCAUACAUUUCUUUUCUUUUAUAGAUAAAACACUAACACCAGUCAACAUGAAAUAAAUAAAAGCAAUACUGACCAAUAUUUGAAUGGAUUUGGAAUCCUGAGAAAAUAAUACAAGCAAACACUUUUAGUCAGAUAUAAUUGUAACUAUAAGUGAAACUAAUUAAAAGAGGAAUUAGGCAUCUGAUUAUAGCAUAAAAUGUACCUCAUAUUUUAAUUAUUUCUUAACAAAGUAUUGAGGAAAAAUAGGAUAAACUGAACAUAGAGAUAAGAGGCGGAUCAAAGAACGUCAAAGAGUGUUUUCAGCACAUAAAUAGAAAUAGAAAACUCUGGGGACGGAGAUGCCAGCUGGACUAAAGGUUAGUUUUCCAGACAGAGAGGAGGCUGUGAGGACAAACACAGGCUGGAGUGUGGAGCUGGAUCACGGCCUGCCAGCAGAGAGGUGCCACUCCCUUCAGAGAGGUGCCACGCCCUUCAGAGAACCAUGGCUGUGGUUUCUGACUUCGUUCUGAGCCGCCAAAUGAGUGAGAGCAGGGCAGCAGCCUGAGUGUGUUUGUGUGGGAGCUGACAGCUAUGUGCCACAUGUCAGGGUGGAAAUACUUUGAGUUGUGAUGUGGACCUCGUUUAUUAAACAUCAGAACUGUAGUGUUGACGGUGGUAAUAGUAGAGGAGCAGCUCAGUGAGGUGAUGUAACCACAACAGACAGAAAUAUGUGGCACCGCUUGUUAGCACUUCACUCCUAUGCAUUGUCAGAAUAAUGAUAAAUAAUCAAAGCAGCAGAACCAGAGAAAUAUCUUCUUUAUUUCACGAUUUCUUCUUCCCUUCCUGGCACCUACAUUACCCACAAUGCAAAGCAACCAUUGGCUCUUUGGUCGUAGAUUCAGGUAGCUUCAGCUUAUGUUUCCUCUAGAUAAUCAGAGAUCUGUGCGCUCACUUCUCUCUGACCAAUCUGAUUUUUCAGAUUGUCCACAGCUCUCUGGAGCAACUAAAUGCCGUAUAAAAAAAGUUUUUCACUUCUCCAGUAUUACUCUCCUAGACCUGUGAACAGACCUCGGUGUGUUCAAUUGGUGGAGCUCCCCCCCUCUAGGAGAAGAUAAGGUGGUUCUUCAUUUCAAAUGUGUGCAUCCUUCUGCGCAAAUAUGUUGUAGAAAAUAAACAUUUUUGACCUACACUAUAUAUAUGGCCAGUUUAACACUUGUGAUUAGUCACCCAUCAUGCAAAGGGAAGCAUUUUUAAAACGAGAGGUGGUGAUUUAAAGGACUUAAACCAGUAAAACACUGUGCAAUAUUAAAAUAAAUACAGAUUGUCUUGAUAUAGUUUCUUGUGAUGUACAAACCAUCUGGACACUUGAAACGACUCGUAGCUUUUGUGAAACAAUAUGUUGCACGUCGCUUUUUGUGCAGUUAUCGAUGACACUUUGUGAUGUGACUGGACCUCUACAGCACAGUAAUGACUACAUAUUUAUACUGAAUGGAAUGAGCAUUAAUCUCAACUAAACAGAACAUGAUUUUUAUGUUUUAACAAAUAAUUUCCUAGAGAUCCAUCCUGUGGAUUUAUAUAUGUAUUUAUAUUGUGUAACAUUGUAUUAUUUUUGCUCUAUGAAAAGUGUCAUUCAUGUGCCAUAAUGUCAACCUACAGUGAAUGGAAUUACUGUAGUACUUUAAGAUGCUCGACAUGUAAAAUACUGACACCAAUAAAAAUAAUUAUUUCCACAAAA